AUGAAGAAGGAAGACCCACCCAUAUAUGCUAGUGGUACACUCCUCUCAAUCAAGCACAUUAUAUCCGAAUGCCGUUCAUUUGAAAUGGACAGGCUGGAAGCUGGGGUACCAAAAAUUAUGGCAGAAGCGCUUCACCCAGAUAACAUAAGUCACAUGAUCACCUUUAUUAUCAAGACUAAUAUAAUCAAUAGUUUAUAA